GCAAGAAGAAGGAGCCUAUUGCCAAGCAGCUUACCGAGGAGUUGCUGGCGCAGCGCCACGCCGAAAGAGAGGAGGACUCCGAGGUGUCCUCGGAGGUGUUCGAGCCCUCAGCCGGAGCAGCCGGCUCGGCGGCACACAGCGAGGCGACGGCGGCGGCGGGCAGCGACGUGCCCAUGCCCCAGCAGUCGCGCGGAGUCAGCAGCGCCUCGGGCGACCAGCAGCACCAGGCGCUCGCGGCGUUGCAAGGGCUGCCGACACCGCCGAGCCUCGGACCCGCUCAGGCCGCGGCGAGCCCCCUGGUGGUGAAG